GGGGCGGGCUCGCGCAUGCGCGCUCUGGCCCCCGCGCCAGGCCCUCCCCUCAGCGCGCCCGGCCCCGCCUCUGACCCGGGCGGGCUCGGGGCUGCGGGGCACCGCGGCGAACAGAGGCAGCGCCUGAGCGGGUCGGAGACAAUGGGCAACGCGCCGCUGCGGGCGCUCUGUUGCGUGGGAGCGAAUGCAAAGAAGAACGGGAAGGAGAGUCUAGAUGUGAAAAGGACACGGCAGGAAAUGACCACAUCUGAAGAAGAACUUCAAGGUCAAGGUAAAGAAUUUCCAUGCUCUUCUAAUCAGGACGAGGGCAGCAGCGGCUUUGAGGAUGUGUGCUAUACCGUCAUUGACCACACUGCCCGCUGCCGGCCGUCCCUGAACUCCAAGGACCACAGCUAUGAGAACCUGGACACCGCCAGGAGGGGAGGCGGGUUCCGCAGGGAGGCGCUGGAGACGGAGUACGCCCUGCUCAGGACCUCGGGGGUCGGCUCCUCUUCCUACUCGCCUGAGCCAGACUACGAGCUUGUGCUCCCGCGCUGACCCGAAGGCCGCGGCCACCUGCCGGCCCGGAGGUGCAGGAGAGGGUCCUCACUCGAGCUGGCCUGGCCCUUGCUCUGCCCCCGUGCGCUCCCUGUGGCUUCGCUGUGGUCUGGGGAGGGCACAGACGCGGACUUGGUGGCUAUGGGCUCUGGGCUGCUCUGUAAAUGCUGAGGGUCUGAGCUGCUGAGGACUUCCCCGGGCCAGAAGGACGCGCAGGUCCAGCUUCCCCGUCGGCCUCUCAAAUUCAGACGCCAGCAUCUCCUGUCCAGGACGCGCUUCCUUUCUGAAGUCUAAUAAACUGUAAAAGUAUAAGGCCAGGGACCAGACUCUGCUGCCCUGUUGAUUAAUUUGUCUUUUGUGUGGACUGGAGAAUCUUAUUUUGUGGUCAAAGUUCAAGAAUCCAUGUUUUUAGCAUUGUCCUUUCUGAGAGGAGGCACUGAAUGUGUCACGGGGAGGAAAGGAAACCCCGCCCACCCUCACCUUUCCUGUCUAGUAGUUAACUGGAGGAUUCUGUUCAGAUUAGCAGAAAAUGAAAAACAGAACAAACUUGUACAUGCAGCUUGGUUCACAGUGUAGCGUUGAUUGAACUUGUGAUUAGAUACCUCUUCUGAAGGAAGAGUGUCUGCUUGUAAAAUUCCAGAAAUCUGGUGACUAAUCCAUCUAUUUUUACUGUCCCAAUGAAUUUUUAAGUUAUAUUUGAACUUCCUAGGAAAUAAGUACCCAAAGGCCUUAACAGUCAAAGCAUUUGUGAUGUGUUUCUGUGUAGUGAUGAGGAUCCGUCAAUAAUAUAAAUAAAUUUGAACCUUAGGUAACGCAA